AUGUUUAAUGAGGAUGAGGAGACAGCGCUACAUUGUGCAGCUGCACGUGGUCAUAUUGAGUGCGUACAGAAUCUUCUGGAUGCCGGUUCAUCCGUCGACGAAUUUGAUAAGCAUCAUCGAACUGCCUUGAUUUGUGCGCUGGAGAAUGGUCAUCUUGACAUCGCGCUUCUUCUCAUCCAUAAAGGCAGCAAGAUAAAUGAAGCCAAUGAUCAAGGUAAUUCACCGUUGCAUAUCGCUGCUCAUCAUGGUUUACUUAGUGCCGUUCAAACACUUUGCCAUUGUGGUGCUGACGUCGAUCAAACAAAUCAGGACUCAUUCACAGCACUUCAUUUGGCUGCAAAAGAAGGUUUCCUUGACAUCGUAAGGGUUUUGUGCUUGGCUCGUUCCAAUGUCGCCAAAAAGACAAAGGACAACGUCCGGGAGACGUUCAUCGAUCAGUUGUGUCCGUUGAAUGCGCCGUUGCGACGCAUAAAACUGAAGCUGUUCGGACAUUCCCAAACGGGGAAGUCACGUCUCAUUCAAUCACUUCAUUCUACUCGUGGAAUCACAUCAAGCAUAAUCGACGCCGUUUCGAGACGGAUUUCCGAACAUUACAGCCCCAGCAAUACGAUGAAUAAAGAUGAUGGAAUUCACUCUGGACAAGGUUCAUCGUUCUCAUCAGAAUCGAACAACAACUCGUCCGAACCGUGCGUACAAGCUGUUCAGUGUCCCGCCCACUCGGCUUACACCCGAGGUAUCGACGUUCAGAACAUCACCACAUCUGGUUGUGGUGAGUUUUCCGUGUGGGAGUUCGGUGGCUACGAACCCUAUCAUAUGGCUUACGACCAUUUCGUCGGCAACACUGACUGUAUUCAUGUGAUACUGUUUCAAGCCUGUGACAGUACUGAGGAGCAGUACAAACAAGUAUUGUAUUGGAUGAACUUUCUCAAAGGACGGGUUACACCGACAGAGCCAAUUGGUCACUGUGGAAUAAUUUCUCGAAGAUCUAAAGUAGUAAUCGCAGGUACGCAUGCCACUUCCGCACUCUUCCCGACGAAAAAUGCUGACGGAGAAUACGAGUCGUCAGACACAGAAGCAAUGUUAAAGACGGUACGACUUCGUUUCGAGACGCACUUCGAUAUUUACGAUAAACUCAUCCUACUUGACUCCACAAAUCCGUCGUGUGCCGGAAUGAAGGCGUUGAAGUGCUAUUUGAAGGAAACUAGAAAUACAAUCAUAGCGCGUCUACAGAAACCUAUCGGACUUCUAGAUGCAACGAUGCCAUUCCUACAAUCGAUGCGUAAGCAGUACGCCAAUUUUCCAGUAGUUUCAUGGCCAACAUUCGCCUCAAUAGUACGUACCGAUGUGAAUCCGUUGACUGGAGAAGCACAUUGUCGUCAAUUGAUACAACAGCUGCAGCUUAUCGGAGAGGUAGUGUAUCUGCGUGAUGAAACAGCUGAGAUGGAUUAUGUUGUGUUGAAUCCAGAAUGGCUUGGAACGCAUAUUAUCGGUCAGCUGCUUAGCGCUGAGUUCCUUUCCAGGUGCAGGAUCAACGGCACAUACUCACUGGAACACUUUGCGCCGAUCUUCCCGGAAAUUCCUGAACUAAGUGAUCUACUGCGAAUGCUGAAUGUACUUCAGCUGUGCGCUCCAGCCGAGCCGGAUUCAGAAGAAACAUUUGAAUUUCCUGCUUUUAUACUCCUUAGCGAACCAUCUGAUGUUUGGAUCCGCAACAAGUCGACGUAUGUUUACGGAGGAGUUCGCGUAUAUCCAAUGCGAGGCAUGGAGCGAUCUCUCCAGAGUACUUUUCCGCGUAUUCAAGUUGCACUACGGAGAAGCAUGCACGACUUCCAGGAUCCGAUGGAUGCGGAUUUAAUCCAGUGGGCUGGAUGUAGUAAAAUGUCUUCUGGUCAAAUGGAAGCUCUGGUGAGAAUCCGUAACGAUGCUGUCGAGGUCCAAGUCCGUGGUCCAUCCGAACGAGCCACAUCAUGUUUUUACUUCUUGGAAGACGUUGUGAAUCUAGUCGAACAAACCGCUAGUGAAGUGGCACCAGGCAUUGGACUUGAGCGACAUUUCCUUAGUCCAAAAUGUUUACAAGAACAUCACAAAAAUCCAGCCUCGUUUCCACCCGAGGCAAUGAUGGCUAUGCAACAGCAAGAAUCGCUUUCUGUAAAAGGAACACACGAUGAGGAAGAACUCUUCACUGAUGUGGUGUGCUUCGGUUCUCGGGAGGUUGCACGUCUUCUGACGUUAGGAAUUGAUGUGGGAGUGGCCGACUUAUCCAUCACUACUCGUUGUGAACUCGCUGCAUUGCUCGAUCCGCCCGACGGAAUGGGCAGGGACUGGUCAAUACUGGCAGUCAAGUUGAGUUUGACUGACCAAGUACCAGAGGUUGAUUCCACCGGACAGUCUUUGUCCCGAACCGAUCAGCUACUAGCUGAAUGGGCAAUUCAGCAACCGGAGCAUGCCACUGUUGGUCGUCUAUGCGAAAUUCUGGCUGAGCUAGGACGAUCAGAUGCUAGGGACACGCUCUACCGCACCGUCCCAUUAUAUCUGUUCGCACCGCUAGAGGACACGGUACAUCCAACUGAUUGCGGCGAUUCGGGUGUAGUAUCAUCUUGUCACUCCACUGGUAACCCAAGAACAAGCUCCAUAUCAUGA